AUGUCGGAAGACGGUCAGAUGGAAGUGGAGUCCCCAACAAUCGAAAAAGAUCCCUCAAUAUACGCAGAAGAAAAGAAAGAGGAAGGAAAUGUCUUCUACAAGAACCGGCAAUACAUAGAUGCUCUAAAUUGCUACUCUAAAGCCAUAGAACUAUGUCCAACAUGUGCAGCCUACUACGGGAACAGAGCAGCCACCUAUAUGAUGCUGUACAAGUACCUGGAAGCCCUGGAAGAUGCACGUCAGUCAGUACGACUGGACAGCGCCUUCGUAAAGGGAUACGUCAGAGAGGGGAAAUGUCACCUGGCACUAGGAGACCCUGUUGCUGCUGGGAGAUGCUAUCAACAAGUCUUAAUGCUGGAGCCUAAUAACAGCACUGCACUAACUGAUAUGGCCCUUGCAGAUCAUGUGAAAAAAUUUGAAGAGAUAGCAGAAGCCGAUUUCAAGAAAGGAGAUUACAGAAAGGUGUUAUAUUGUAUGGAUAGAUGUAUAGAACAAUGUCCAGCAUGUGUAAAAUUCAGAAUAAGAAAAGCUGAGGUGCUAGCUUUACUCGGUCGAUACCAGGAAUCACAAGAGUUUGCUAAUGAUAUAUUACGCAAAGACGGUAUGAAUGCUGAUGCUAUACAUGUACGAGGGAUGUGUUUAUACUACCAAGAUAACAUAGACAAAGCUUUUCAGCAUUUCCAGCAAGUUCUGAGACUAGCACCAGACCAUCAAAAAGCCAGGGAAAUAUACAGGAAAGCCAAAGCCUUAAUAGCGAAGAAAGAAGAAGGAAACAAAGAAUUUCGGUCAGGAAAUCUACAGGCAGCUUUUGACUUAUACACAGAGGCAUUAGCCAUUGACCCUAACAAUAAAUUCACAAAUUCUAAACUUUACUUCAACAGAGCAACAGUUGGUUCAAAGUUAAACAAAAUAGAGGAAGCCAUUGCUGAUUGUACAAGAGCAGUAGACCUAGAUGACACAUACUUGAAAGCUUAUCUACGGCGUGCAAAAUGUUACAUGGAUACAGAACAAUAUGAUGAUGCUGUCCGAGAUUAUGAAAAAAUUCUGAAGUUGGACAAAAGUCAAGAAAAUAAACGAUUACUACAAGAAGCAAAAUUAGAAUUAAAGAAGAGUAAACGGAAAGACUAUUACAAAAUCUUAGGAAUAGGAAAAACAGCAACAGUGGAUGAGAUAAAGAAAGCAUACAGGAAGCGAGCGUUAGUGCAUCACCCUGAUCGUCACAGUCAUGAUACACCAGAUGUACAAAAGGAAGAAGAGAAAAAAUUUAAAGAAGUAGGGGAAGCUUAUGCAGUAUUGUCUGAUGAACGUAAAAAGAGCAGAUAUGAUUCAGGGGCUGAUAUUGAUGAGUUGGAGGGAGGUGCUGGAUUUGACUUUGGAGUGGAUCCUAACCAGAUAUUUCAGACGUUUUUCUCCAGUGGUGCAGGUCCUGGAGGGUUUAGCUUUGGUGGAGCCCAACAAGGAGGCGGUAUUCCAGGGGGAUUUACUUUUCAGUUUGGUUAACAUGAUCUAUCAUCUUAUUCUUGGUAAAACAAAUGUUUCAAUCACCUGUGAUGGGUUUUAUGAUGUCAUGAACACCUGAUCACAUUGAAAUGAAGACCAUGUCCAGGUCUUGACAUUCACAAAGUUCUGAGGAUUCCAACAGAGAAAGAAACACAAUCAACUCUCAACUGGGUGUUUGGUUUAUUUUCGAGUGCAAAUGUUGAACUUUGAAUUGUUCAGAGGAAAACAAAACAAACUAGUAAAUGAAGUCACGUAUUCAACUACAUCCCAGAGAUGAAUACUUGGUGACUUGCUCAGCAGUCACAAAGUCUGAUAAUCUCUCAACUCAAAAAGGUCAGCGAGGGUAUGGAAAGUGAAUUUGUUUAUUAAAGACUGUUCUUCAGUAAAUAGACAUGCUGUUUGAGGAAAUGACAGGUAGACACAUUGUUACACCACAGACUGUAAUUGCAUUUUAAAUUAAAACUUAGUAUAAUACAUUUUGUACUACUUAUAAUUCAUAUGGUAAUAAGUGCAUUCCUUGUAAUAAGCCCUACUGUAUCUAUAGCCUUUCUGUAGGAUUACCAACAAAUGUUGUAACAUUGUCUUGUGAAAAACCCACCCCCUGACUUUGGGGUAGAGAUAAUAUGUUGGCCCCUGGUCUUAUUGUCCUGGAAUAAGCCUGUUCCUGACUUUGAGUUUGAGGAAAUGAGUUGGCCCCUGGUCUUAUUGCCCUGGAAUAAGCCUGCUCCUGACUUUUAGGAAAUGGGUUGGCCCCUGGUCUUAUUGCCCUGGAAUAAGCCUGCUCCUGACUUUGAGGAAAUGUGUCGGGUUUUGUGCUUAUUGUAGGAUUUGUAUGGUAAUUAUUUAAUAGUCUAAAUACAUCUUACUUGAAUCUAAAUGAUACUUGAAGUCCUGGGAUGGGAUGGGUGUUAUAGUGGAAUAGCUCUGAACAUACCUUCAUAGAAAUUUUAUGACGGCAAAAGAGACCUGAUCCUGGUGAUUCAGCACACUUCACAUAGUAAUGUGUGACAGACUGGUUCUCGGGUAGAUCCAUGGGUGGAUUCUGUAGAUUUUACAAGUCAAAUACUAUUUAAGGAUACUUGGCACCUCAAGAACAAGUUAUGGUAAACCUGCAGUUAGUUUGAAUAAGCAAAUAUGAAAAUGUAUUAACAAUAAUUUUCUGCCUAGUGAUUGUUGGACCCUUCCUAUUCUUGUUUCACUUACAAUUCAAAUUUCCGGUACUCCAAUUCAUCUAGAGAUUGUAUAUAUGCCUAAUUAUUGAUAGCUAAGUUACAGGGAUAUUGGGGUGGUACAUAUCAUUCCAUGUUGUCACUCUUCACAUGGACAGUAAGCACUGUUGGUAGUGGGUUGUAGGUCAUAAGCAACUCAUACUGACAAAUUAUACACAUACAUUUCUUAUAAGUAGCAUUGAUUAAGUGUGAUUUCUUCGAUGUCUUGCUGUCACAGCAUGCUCACACCAGUUGACGCAACUGGAUACCCCAAAUUCAUAUUAUAAGCAGUUUGUUUACAGAACACAGAAUGUUGGCAAAUGUAUUGUCAAAGAACAACAGUCAAUAUCCAUAUUUAUUGUCAAAUAAACAGAUUGUAAGUCUCAUAGAUGCAUUUUGUAACCAAUAAUUAAAUGAUUUUGAUAAACAUUAAUUUGUAGUCAUAUGUGUAUCACUCUGUAUACUAAUAUAUCAAUGCUUACUUCUGUCGAUACAUGCAGAUUUUUGAU